CGAAGGUGGAGCUGGGCCAGGCUUAUGAUGGCACGUCCCGAGGAGCAGAAGUCUCAUGUUGGAGCAAAGUCACGAUCUCAUCAGUAUCGAGAGGUUUUUAAGCCAAUGAUGGAGAGGAAGAGGCGGUCACGCAUCAAUCGCUGCCUGGACUUUAUUAAGGACCUGCUUCAGGAGGUGUCGCAUCUGGACGGCGAGACCAUGGCCAAAAUGGAUAUGGGAGAUGUCCUGGAAUUGGCAGUUCACCACCUGAGCAAGAAAAACUGUCCGGUGGCCACGCCCACCACAGCGCCUACAUCCGGAGUAUAUCAGAGCCCAAUUGAUUGCUAUUGGAGUGGCUUUCGAGAAUGCGUCCUGGAAGUGUCCCAAUUUCUGCAACACAACGGCUAUCAGCCGAGUUUCGAAUUUGCGAAAGAAUUGGAUCAUCUUGUGGCCUCCACAUCCAAAUCCAAGCCAAAUCUCUGGAGGCCCUGGUAGUCGUCAUGGGAAAUAUCCACUUAAGUUCCUCAACUCACAAUUUUUAAAUAGGAUAAUUAUAAACUAUUUAGACCCAAGUCCACUAAAGACAGUUUUACAAUAGAGGCAUGAAAUAAAACUGCACAUUCGUUUUUUGCUUU